UUUUCGUAAACAUUCUCCAAUUGAAUAUUAUUGUUUAGUGCGGUAUUUAUAAGUGUUUCAAUAUGGCCGUCACGCCCUCAACCCGCCUUUUAUUCCCCGGCCCGGGUUCACGCUUCCACUCCAUUCGAUCAGUCCAUGGGCCACGGGCUCGAACGGCCCAACGUAAGGCCAUGGUCGACCGCUUUUUGCGGGUGGACCAUGCGGGCGAGUACGGCGCGGACCGCAUCUAUGCGGGUCAACUAGCCGUGCUGGGCCGCCAUUCCGAGACCGGCCGACUGGUGGAGCACAUGUGGGAACAAGAAAAGGAGCACUUGGCCACCUUUAAUCGCUUUUUGCCGCGUUAUCGGGCUCGCCCCACGGUCUUGUUGCCCUUUUGGCAUGUGGCCGGGUACGCCCUAGGGGCGGGUACAGCCCUCUUAGGCAAAGAAGCUGCCAUGGCGUGUACAGUGGCGGUCGAGUCCUCCAUCACUGAGCAUUACAAUGACCAGAUUCGUGAACUCCUCGAAGAUGAACCCGAGGUGCACAAGGAACUGAUCCAGACCAUCACUCAGUUUCGAAAUGAGGAGCAAGAGCAUCAUGACAUCGGAUUAGAACAAGAUGCCGAACAAGCGCCUAUGUACGAAGCUCUAACCUCGGUUAUCAAAGUGGGUUGUAAAACGGCCAUAUGGCUCUCGGAAAGGGUGUGAUACACCUCAAACAGAAAUAUUGUAGAUCAAAAUCCAUUCUGAAAUAUAAUUUCUUAAGAAUCAAAA